CUUUAAUUUUAUUCCAGUUAUUUAUUUUAUUUCAACUACAUUUUUCAGAUAUCUACAAAUUAAAAUUUUCAAUAAGUUAAUACAAAUCAUAUAACACAACUAUAAACUUAUAGUAUUAAUAUUGUUUUUAACCUACUAAUUCACAAUGUCGCUGGAAUCAAUACCUAAAGAUAUGAGAAAUGCAAGAGCAUGUUUAGUGUGUUCACUAAUUAAGUCAUUUGAUCAGUUUGAAUAUGAUGGAUGUGAUAAUUGUGAUGAAUUUCUAAGAAUGAAAAAUAACCGUGAUCAUGUUUAUGACUGUACUAGUUCAAAUUUUGAUGGAAUGAUUGCACUAAUGAGUCCUGAAGACAGUUGGGUAGCCAGAUGGCAAAAAAUCAACAGAUUUACCAAAGGAAUUUAUGCUAUAUCCGUUGCUGGUCGAUUACCUCCAAAUUUUAUCAGAGAGAUGAAAGCCAGAGGCAUUCCAUACCGCCCUAGAGAUACAACUUUUAAAUAAAUAACUACUUUUUUCUUCUCAUAUUUACAACAUCAAAAUGAAAACAAUGAUAUAAUUAUGUAAGUGUGAGCAAUUUAUGUAUAAAGUUUGAAACUCAUUGUAUAAAUGAUUUUUAUAAUUUAAAUAAUAAAUAAAGUAUUUCCUUAA